AUGGCAACAAAUUCAUCACAUACCAUGUUUGCUACAUCUUCUAAUCAAACUCCCAUUUUCGAUAGUGAAUUGUACGAGUACUGGAGUGCCCAAAUGGAGCCGAUUUUCAUCUCACAAGAUCUGUGGGAUAUAGUCCAAGAUGGCUAUGAAGAUCCACAGGAAGCUGAUAAAGUCUCCAAGAAACGAACAGACAAGCAGACAAAGGAGUACACGGAGAAUGCCAAGCAAAAUGCAGCGCCUUGA